AUGACAGAACCGGAUAUCAAAGCCGUUGUGAAGCCUACCAUUUUCCGAGAGUACAUUGUUGGAGAAAAUAUAAAUGGUUUUCCAUCUGAGAUCAUUGGCGACAUCCCAAAAUUCCAUUUCAUUCUGGGAUUUGCCAAUGACACUUAUGAUGAUGGAGCAGGUACAGGAUUCUUCAAGCGCGCUUGGAACUUUGAUGACUUUAGCCCAACAAAAGUGGCGAAUCUCAAGAAAGAGCAUAAGAACGUGAAUGUGGUAAUAAGCAUAGGAGGCAUAGGUGCUGAAUUUCCAUUCAACCCUAAGGAUAUCACUAGUUGGACUGACAAUGCCGUAUCAUCAAUCAAAGAGCUCAUCCAAGACUACGAGAAUCGUCUUCAACCGAUCAACAACGACGAUACCAUAAUUGAUGGUAUUGAUAUUAAUUAUGAAUACAUCAAUAUCAAUUUAAGCGAGCCGACUCAAUUUAGCACUUGCAUAGGGCAAGUCAUACAACGCCUCAGGGAUGAUCCCGAUGUUUCCAAAUCCAUGAAGGUGGUGUCCAUUUCUCCCACAGAGCUUGUCAACUUCCACUACCUCGCAUUGUACACUAACAAGCCAGACAAUAUUGAUUGGAUUAACUACAAGUUCUACAAUCAGUAUUUUCGCUCAGAAUAUGAAUUUAUAAACUUCUUUAAUAAUCUAGUUAAUGAUUAUGGUACGGCGCUUAAAAUCUUGGCAGGAUUCAACAGUGAUACAAGUACUCCAACUCCAACGAGUCAACAAGCCUGUAUUGAUGGAUGCAGAAUCCUGAUUGAACGUGCAUUACUUGCAGGAGUUUUUGUUUGGAAUGCUAAUGCCUCAGCCCCCACAUAUUCUCUAGAGGCAGAGCUUCAAAAGCUCUACACUAAAGAGUGA